AAAUUUUAUUAGAGAAAGGGAGGGACAAUCGAAAAGUCAUUUUCACCCAUAUCAUCAUUAGCAAAUAUUAUUCGCCAUUCAUCAUCACGGAACACGGAUGACGGAAUAACGUUUAAGCGCCUUUCGCCGACGUCCACCUUCAUUUCUCUCCCUUCCCGGUUGCCAUCUUCAUCUCUCUCAUUUUCGUUACUUCCUUCUAUCACCUUUUCCUAUGUGUAUCUCAAUUCCCAAAGAACUCGACGUGUUGCCCUAAAUUCAUCAUUUUAUAGAUUUAGAUUCAUUGAACUCUCCAGAUCGGACAUUUUCUAUCGAAUUCUCUCAAUCUUUUAACGAUUUUUUUGAUAUAUUUCUGUCCUCUAUCAUUCAUGCAAAUUUUUAACAAUUAAUUUGGGCGUUUUUUAUGAGGUUUGUUUACCGUUGUGGUGCAUUAAUGUGUUUUUUUAUACUAUGUUUUUGAUUAAUGUUUUCUAUUGUAAUGAUAGUAAAGAUUAGAAAUUUGAGAAAGUUGUUCCGUUAUUGAUUGUUUGGUAGAAUAUAUACUUGAUUUAAGGUUUUGGCAGUCGACAUUGGUAACUGAAAUUAAGGUUCAAGCUGUGGUAUUGAAUGUUCGUUAAUCUAGAAGGUUGUCGUUUUUUGAGUUUAGAAAGAUGAUUGAUUAUUAAUUGAAUUGUAAUGGGGGUUAUAGGUGUUAUUAUUGUUGUUAUUUUAUGUUUCUGUUUUAAUUUUUGUUGAUUUGGUUUGAGAAAUGAAUUAAUUUGUGAAGGGAGAAAAAGUUGGCUCCUAUUUACUUCCCCUCCCUUUCUGAAACACACUGUUAAAGUUCAUUGAUGUUUAUCCAAAUACUGGGGACUUUACUUCAUAUCAAUGGUAUUAGCUUUUAUAUCUUGUUUAUCACUAGUUUUAUUCUCGCUACAGGAAAUGGAUGCACAAGGUGGGCGAGGUGGAAGUGGUGUGGAUGUUUUUCUUCAAAACUAUAAUCUCGGAAAAACUCUUGGAAUUGGUUCAUUUGGUAAGGUGAAAAUUGCAGAGCAUAAAUUGACCGGCCAUAAAGUUGCUAUCAAGAUAUUGAACCGUCGGAAGAUAAAAAAUAUGGAAAUGGAAGAGAAAGUGAGAAGAGAAAUUAAAAUUUUGAGGUUAUUCAUGCAUCCUCACAUCAUUCGAUUAUAUGAAGUUAUUGAGACACCGUCGGACAUCUAUGUUGUGAUGGAGUAUGUCAAGUCUGGAGAAUUAUUUGAUUAUAUUGUGGAAAAGGGUCGGUUACAAGAGGAUGAAGCACGUAAUUUUUUCCAACAGAUUAUAUCUGGAGUAGAGUAUUGCCAUAGGAAUAUGGUGGUUCAUCGUGACCUGAAGCCUGAAAACCUUUUGUUAGAUUCGCAUCACAAUGUGAAGAUAGCAGAUUUUGGAUUGAGUAACAUAAUGCGAGAUGGUCAUUUCCUGAAGACCAGUUGCGGAAGCCCCAACUAUGCUGCCCCGGAGGUUAUUUCAGGGAAACUUUAUGCUGGCCCCGAAGUUGAUGUAUGGAGUUGUGGUGUUAUCUUAUAUGCUCUUCUUUGUGGUACCCUCCCAUUUGAUGAUGAAAACAUUCCGAACCUCUUCAAGAAAAUAAAGGGUGGAAUAUAUACCCUUCCAAGUCAUUUAUCACCUGGAGCUAGAGACUUAAUCCCAAGGAUGCUAGUUGUUGAUCCUAUGAAGAGAAUUACAAUUCCAGAGAUCCGUCAACACACAUGGUUUCAAGCUCAUCUUCCUCGUUAUUUAGCUGUGCCACCCCCAGAUACAGCUCAACAAGCGAAGAAGAUUGAUGAGGAGAUACUCCAAGAAGUUGUUAGGAUGGGAUUUGACAAGAACCAGCUAAUUGAAUCUCUUCGCAACAGACUCCAGAAUGAGGGGACUGUUGCUUACUAUUUGCUUUUUGAUAACCGAUUCCGGGCUUCAAGUGGCUAUCUUGGGGCUGAGUUUCAAGAAACAAUGGAGAACAAUGUCAGCCGCAUGCAUCCAAAUGAAGUCACUUCUCCCGCUGCUGGGCACCAAUAUCAUGCUUAUCUUGAUUACCAAGGAAUUGGAUUGCGACAGCAGUUCCCUGUUGAAAGGAAAUGGGCUCUUGGGUUACAGUCCCGGGCCCAGCCUCGUGAAAUAAUGACCGAAGUUCUGAAAGCACUGCAAGAAUUGAACGUCUGCUGGAAAAAGAUUGGGUAUUAUAACAUGAAGUGCAGAUGGAUUCCUGGAAUUCCUGGUCAUCAUGAAGGGAUGGUUGAUAAUCCUAUACAUAAUUAUUUUGGUGAAAAGUUGAAUAUAGUUGAAAGUGAUGGGGUUAUGAAGUCACCUAAUGUAGUGAAGUUUGAAGUGCAGUUAUACAAGACCCGUGAGGAGAAGUAUCUACUUGAUCUACAAAGGGUCCAGGGACCUCAGAUGCUCUUCCUUGAUCUUUGUGCAGCUUUCCUUGCUCAACUUCGCGUGCUCUAGCUAGCAAUAACCGGGUUAUAUUUCAAAUUUAAAUGUCAUAGCAUUCAUAUAAUUUGUAUAUAUGAUCUAUGGUCGUGUUUCAUGUGCAUUUUUAUCUUGGUAGAGCGAGUUUUAUUGCUGACCUAGGUUCUUACCAUGCCAAAUGCGAUAAAUCAUGAUAUUCGAGGAGAGUAUUGUGUUCUCUCCCAUCUCAUGGUCUAGCUGAGUUUUAAAACUCACAUUGCAGCCAUCCUUUGUAUCGCAUAAUUUAUGCCAAUUAAGAAAAGACCAAAUUCCCUCGGAUGUUGUCCUAUAUAUUUUACUCUCGACUCUCGAGUGUUAUUGUGUAAGGUCUGCUGACCAUACCCUUUAGUCUUGAUUUACAUCUUAUGAAGUUUGGUCCAA